UUGGCGAAACUUUACGGUCAUGGUGUAUGAAAUUAAGUCAGAUGUCUUUCAUUUCGAACUAGAUAACAUAUCAUUUUUUCUCUUUAAAAAUGAAGUUUUUGAAAAUAACUAAACGGAUAAUUAAUACCUGCGCUAAUAGCAGACAAAAUGUGCUUACUGUUCUGUCAGAUGAACCGACCCCUUCACUAGAAGAAUGGGAAAGUGCGAUACCUUACGAAAAUGUGCCUGGACCUACGCCCAUACCACUUUUAGGAAAUACUUGGAGGUUUAUUCCUUUUAUUGGAGACUUCCAAACCGAACAUAUCGACAAAGUUUCAAAAAAACUUCACGAAAAAUACGGAAAAAUAGUAAAAAUGGAAGGUCUGUUGGGGCGUCCUGACAUGCUGUUCCUCUUCGAUCCCGACGAAAUCGAAAAGGUUUUUAGACAAGAGGAUAGUUUACCUUUUAGACCGUCCAUGCCUUCACUCAAUUAUUACAAGCACGUAUACAGGAAAGAGUUUUUCGGCGACAACAACUGUGGUGUAAUUGCCGUACACGGCGAGAAAUGGCAGGAUUUCAGAUCCAGAGUUAACCAAAUUAUGUUGCAACCUCGCGUUACGAAAAUGUAUGUCAAGUCCAUUACCGCCACUUCGCAAGAAUUGGUAGACAGGAUUGAAGCCAUUAAGAAUGAGGAUGAUGAAGUGCCUGAAGAUUUUCUUAACGAAGUGCACAAAUGGUCUUUAGAAUCAAUCGCGAAGAUUGCUUUAGAUGUGAGGCUUGGUUGCUUGGAUCGUGAUGCGCACCCCGACACUCAAAGGCUAAUUGAUGCAGUGCAUACUUUCUUCAUGCUUGUACCAGUUUUGGAGCUAAAAAUACCUUUCUGGAGGUUAUGGAGUACUCCAACGUUUAAGACGUAUUUACGAGCUUUAGACACCAUACGAGAAAUAACAUUAAAACAUAUUGACAUUGCUUUGCAUAAAUUAGACAAACAGGAUAACCAAGAACUAUCUGUUUUACAAAGAGUUUUGAAAAUGGACAAUAAUGUCAAAACUGCGUCGAAUUUAGCUUUGGAUAUGUUUCUCGUCGGUAUUGAUACCACAUCCAAUGCCGUUGCUUCUAUUUUAUACCAGCUCUCUUUGCAUCAGGAAAAACAAGCAAAUCUCUACGACGAAGUUAAAAAAUUAUUACCGGACAGUGACACUGAAUUAACUCAUGAGAAAUUAGACCGAAUGCAAUAUCUGAAAGCUUGCGUUAAGGAAACCAUGAGAAUGUAUCCGGUAGUAAUCGGUAAUGGUAGAUGCACAACGAGCGAUCGCGUGAUAGGAGGUUACCAGAUACCGAAAGGAAUUCAAGUGAUAUUUCAACAUUGCGUCAUAAGCAAUUUAGAAGAUUAUUUCCCAAGGUGUAACGAGUUUCUACCGGAAAGGUGGCUGAAGACCUCGGAUUUGUGUAAAAGUCACCAUCCGUUUGCUUCCUUGCCGUUUGGGUUUGGAAAAAGAAUGUGUUUAGGGAGGAGGUUUGCCGAUUUAGAAAUUCAAACGGUUUUGGCAAAAAUAAUCUCCAACUAUAAAAUCGAGUAUCACUAUGAAAAGCUCGAUUAUUAUAUUCAUCCCAUGUAUACUCCCAAUGGGCCAUUAAAACUUAAAUUUAUCAAACGGUGAUAAACCCCACUUGUGGUACCUACACAUUUCAAUAAAAUAAAAGUGUCGUAAACACGUUUUUACGUAACUGGUUUUUUAUUUACACACGUGAAUAUCAAAAUGAUUUUUCCCAAU